CCCGAGCAGACAUGGCGCUCCAUUGACGAUCGUCGCACGUGGCCUGGCCUGGCGUAGCUACCUUACCUUGCCGACUAGGUUAAGGUACUUUCUCUCCAUCCAUCGGCCACACGACUCGACUUUCGCGCGCGCGUUCGCCGGCGUGUGAGGAGAGCUACCUUAGCUCUUCUGCUUCUGCUUCUUCUUCUUCUUGCCUUCCGUCUUCUCUGCUCCUCCUCCUCCUCCUCUUCGGCUUCUUUAUCCUUGACGCUUCCGCAUACACUGCACUGCGUGCGCAGUCUCCCCCUCCCCACCAUGGCGCCGCCCAUGUCGCAGUUGCGCAAGUCAUCGACUGCGACAGACGCCCACUACAACAAUCCGCACCAUGCCCACCCGAGCCACAAUGGCGCACCUCCACGCACCACGGCCAGCGGCAGAGCAAUUCGGACCAACACGACACGACCCGCCAACUACUACGCCCGGCCAUUCGGCUCCAUGAGCGCCGGUGUUGACAACGACGCGAACAUGGCUGACCAGUCCACGCAGCCGACGGGCUUCUUCCCAGCAUUGACCUUCUUCACUGACGCCGUCACCGCGCUGCCGAAAGAGGUCAUGAAGCACUUUACGCUCAUGAAAGAGGUGGAAGCCAAGAUAUACAACCCCACCGACCAGUUGGGAGACCUGAUCGACACUCUCAUGUUACAGCCAGUGCCCGCGCGCAAACAGGCCGCGAGUACGGGAGCUCCAGCUGCGACGGCGCCGGGACUGCUCAGCUUGACUGCCAAUAACAGCACCACGGACAGUGCAGCUGUGAGUCUGGUCAAUGGAGUAGGAGGUCGACACAGCGCGCAGUCUUCCAUGGCAGGAUCACUGGAUGGCACCGAUGUACCUGCCGGCGAAGAAGAGCUUCGACGACGACACCAAUACCAAGAACUUCGAAUGCUGGCUCACGGCAUGCUCAGUAACCUAGACGAGAAAAUUGUGGUACUCAACGAGGCCAAUCGCGUUCUGAGCCUGCAGAACAAGCGCAUCGACUCGGUGAUGCCCCAUGUGGAAGGCGAAAUCAGUGAAGAGGCGCGCUUGGGUAGCACGACGCAUUGGGCAUAUAGUGAGAAUCGACAGAAGACGAAAGCGGCAGCGGCAGGCGCGAACAGACCUCGAGACGUGGCUGCGACCAAUAACCUGGCGGCGGCGGCGGCAGCGAUGCAUGAAGUCGAUAUUGCGAAUGCGAGAAACGACGCGCAGAGAGAAGCAGCGAGCGCUGGCAGGGGAAAGGGAAAGGGCAAACGAGCGCCAGAGCCCGUAGGCGACUCGGAUUUUGACGAUACAGUGAAGCCACGAAAAGCUCCCAAGGUCGGCAAAGGAAAAGUAGCGGCUGCCGCCGCGAAUGCUACGGGCUUGGGCAUUUCGACCAACGGCGAGCCAGCGCCGGUCAAGAGGCGCAAGAACGCAGAAAAGGCACCCGCCAUGGAGCGGCAAGCGUCGACGCAAAAGAAUGCCAAGGGCAAGGAUACGCCACGAAGUACGCCAGCGAACGAUCUUACAGUUCCCAAGGCCAAAGUCGCAAAGACGAAGCCUGCUCCCACGAAGGCCAAGAAGACGGCUGUGAAUUCCGCGCAGAACAGCCCCAUGUUGGCCAGCAGUCCACUGGCUUCCUCUUUUAAUCCUGCGUUCAUAGAAGCUCCUCCCGGCCCCCGAACGCAAAGCUCACGACUUCGACAGAACAGCAUCGCGACGAACUUGCGACACGAGCGAUUACAGGACGAAGACAGCGCCGCCAGCCGGCCUGGAUCGGCAGGAGGCAAGACGAACGGGAAUGGCAUGGCCGAAAAGACGAAUGGACGGAAAAAGGUCCAGGAGACAACAGAAGAACAUGAUGACAAUACAGGCGACGAGCAAGGCUUGCAGACACGUGUUGCUCGCGAGGUUAGCCAAAAGCUCAAGCGUGAAGAUGCUGACAAUGUGGAUACCGGCAGUGGUACCGAGCGAGGGCGGCCGGCGACGUCGCGCGCUGGUAGUGAGAAGGGCAAGAAUGGCGGGCGAGGCUCCAAAGUGGGUACACCCAAGACCGACUCCUUCCCAGCAUCUGCGACAGUUGGAUCCGCUGCGAUUGCACGAAUCCGAAGUUCACGACGACCCCGAACAGGAGAGAGUGGAGAUGGAGACUCCAGCUCCUCGGAAGCGCAGAUGCCAGGGGCAAGCACUUCCAAGCACAGAAGGAACGCUAGUAACAGUCAUCUUGUGAAACAGCUUGCGCCAUUUAAUAAAUCGCCGAACCUCGAUCGACACCAACUGGACGAUGACGACGAGAAAGGGGAUGACGAGGAGGAGGACAGCUCUGCACGCGAGGAGAAAGUGGAUGAGAAUGGCAAUGUGGAAGACGAGGCCGACGCCGAAGCCAAACGACAUACCCGACGAUCGACGACACGAAGGCCCGUCUCACGACGUAAUACCAUCAACUCUCCGCAACUUCAGAGCUCGCCAGCCCCCAUGGAAGAGUCUCGUGAGAGUUCUCCUGCUGCUUCACCCCCUCCAGUUAGCACUAGGCAAUCUACAAGAUCUUCAGGUCGUAAUGACCACACUGCCCGCAGCGAGAAUGGCUACUCUGCAGCGCAGCCUCAUGCGGAUGAGCCUCCUGCAUUGGAAGAGGACGUCAGUGAAGAUGAAGAAGAAACUCAAGCCGAACCGGAAGAGCCCGAAGAAGAUGCAGCAGCCCCCGAAGCCGAUAAUGAGAAUGAGAAUGAUGACAGCGAACAUGAUCCUGAUGACCCCAACGAGCAGAAGUACUGCUAUUGUAAUCGUGGUUCAUAUGGCGAAAUGGUGGCUUGCGACAAUGAUAAUUGUCCGAAGGAAUGGUUUCAUCUGGGAUGCACAGGAUUGCGAGAAGCUCCCUCUCCGGACGAGAGUUGGUUUUGUCGAGAGUGCCGACCUCGACCUGGGAGGGCUAGAGGCGGGAGGGGUGGCAGAGGUGGCAGAGGCGGUCUACAGUCUUAGGAAGGCUCGUUGCACCUGCGUCGCGAGGAAGAAAAUGGGUGGGAGCUGGCGAAUCAGAUUCGCAUUGCGCAGGGCCUUCGCGGGCGGAGAGGACGAGGAGGCU